GUGAGAAGCUGUCAGCAGCUGAAAACCCUGGGAGCGAAUCAGAGUGGCAUUUAUAAAAUCAACCCAGAUGGUCAAGGGGUCAUAAACGUGUACUGUGACCAAACCACAGAUGGAGGUGGGUGGACUGUGGUUCAGAGACGUUCCCGUCCAUACAAGCAAAGCUUUAGACGAACGUGGGUAGAGUAUCGAGUAGGCUUUGGCGACUUGUCCAAAGAAUUCUGGCUUGGAAACGAUAACUUGCACCGAAUCGCCUCUUCAGACAGCAUUCUUCGAAUAGAUCUGCACCGAACCAACGGCAUAAAGGGGUAUGCCAAAUAUGGUGGGUUUCGGGUAGCUGACGAAACAGAAAAGUAUCGAUGCGACAUGACUUCGUACGAAGGAAACAUCACAAAUGGGUUUUAUGGAAAUACAGAUCCUAAAUCGAACAUCCGAGGGAUGAAAUUCGGCACACCAGACCAAGAUAAUGACAACUACCCUGGCAAGUGUUUUCCUACUGGUGCAUGGUGGGCAAACCAAUGUGGCGAGGUUAAUCUCAAUGCAAGGGAUGGUCCAUUCUGG